CAUGCCUCUAGUGCGAAACAUCACAUCUCUCGUGGAGCGAUCGGCAGGUUUUUUUCCCCUUUCUGGAGUUAUUUUUUACCUCCCCCUGUUAUCCCCUCCUAGAGAGCGCCAGUAACAAAUUGCCCCAUCGGUGGGGGAAUCAAUGGCUCUUCACCCACGGGCAGUGUAUGAUGACGACGACCUAUAUAUCCACUAAAGAGGAUAGCAGUCGGUGGAGAUACGACGGGGUUGAGUGACGUGCUCGGUACUUGGCUCAAAUGGCUGUAAACACGCCGUCGCUGGGAUUGUUCCUGCAAAACUCUCUCGAGUGGAAAUAAAAUUUUCUCCGCUCCGAAGGGGAUAUUUUUGUACUCUUUCGUCUUUCAGUCUCUCUCUUGAGUGUCGUGUCCUAACCAAAGAGAUCUUGCCUGGAGGGUUUGGUAGUCGAUGCUGAGGCGGACAAUUUUCCCGCUCUUGGACAAUUGAAUGUUCUCAUCAGUGUCAGGAGAAAACGAGUCUGUCAUCAUCUGCGGACCAGUUGCGGCUCGUCGUUUCUUUGUCCCCGCCGUGUGUGUCUGUGUGUAUUUGCGCAGAAGCACGUUUGUGUACGCGAGAAAAGAAGCGCGAUAGAGAAGCAGGGAGCUAUUGAAAGUAAGAGACUCAUCGCAUACUCUGGAUUGGCAAUUAUAUCUGGUGUUUUGUAAUGGUAGGUGUGAUUCACGCACAGUGAGCAUUCAUAAGAAGGUCGUAUGUAAUGCUGUAUCAAGCAAUCAAGAAAAAAGGCUAUCACUGGUGGGACGACAUAUCGCAGUGUGCGUUCAGAGACUACACCAGAUGGCUACACAGCCAAGGCUACCUGUGGCGGCCACUGCCACCAAAGCGCCAACUGCAUGUUCAGGUUCGCAUAAUGGCGGAACGUGUGCGGGAACGUCGUAUGACGACGGUAUUCUACAACUAUGCGCCGACCUGCAUGAUAACGAUGCAGCGUCCAUGCAAACUAAAGUCAUCAAAUAUUUAGAGAGGCAUACACAGUCAGAAUGCUGUGCGCUGUGGAUUGUCUCAUCAGAAGAUGCCACAGAAGUAUUCUGUCAGGUAUUAGGAAACAGGGUUCUCGAAGAAGAAAUUCGAAUGUUGAUACCAUUCAGCUGUUUCAAUUCUGUGGUUACAGAGAAGCGGUCUAUCCACUUAGAAGACAUACCAGAGACUAGCAAAACAGAACUAGAGGCCAAAAUGACUCUGAAGAUCCACUCGCUGCUCUGUGUGCCCGUCAUCAACCAAGCCAGGUCAAAGGUCGUCGCAGUGGCGUGUUGUAUCAACAAAGUCGGAGCACCAAGAUUCACACAGGGGGACGAGGAUGUGGUGAGGCACUGUUUCCGCUACACUGUGCCGGUGCUAACAAGCGUCAUAGCAUUGCAGAAAGAGAGACAACUGAAACAGGAAACACAGUCGAUGCUGCAGGUGGCGAAGAACCUGUUCACACAUCUAGAUGAUGUGCGGAUACUGUUGAGGGAGAUCAUGAUGGAGGCAAGGAACCUGACUCAGGCAGAGAGGUGUUCCCUGUUCUUAGUGGAGAAUGACGAACUCGUUGCAAAAGUAUUUGACGGACACGUCCUAGAUGAAAUGGGUGAGGUCCGGAUACCAAUAACUCAGGGCAUUGCUGGACAUGUAGCAACAACCGGCAAAAUCUUGAACAUCAAGGAUGCCUACUCUCAUCCCCUCUUCUACAGAGGUGUCGACAACAGCACUGGCUUCCGGACGAAGAACAUCCUGUGCUUUCCCAUCAAGGACCGCUCAAGUGAGUCUUGCCAAGGAGGCCAGCCCAACUGCCUGUCCAUCCUACACCAGGAUGCAUCAGCGUGCUCAGAGUUUCACGAUGUUGUUGGGAUUGCCGAGCUAUGCAACAAAGUAAAUGGUCUUUAUUUCACUAAACACGAUGAGGAAGUGGCAGCUGUAUUCUCAAUCUACUGUGGUAUCAGUAUUGUGCAUAGUUUACUUUAUAAGAAGAUGAAGGAUGCUCAGUAUCGAAGCAAGCUAGCUAAUGAGCUCAUGAUGUACCAUAUGAAGGGGGCAGAAGAGGAUAUCAAGCCCCUUCUAUCGCGAGACUUGGUACCCAAGCCAGAGGUGUUCCAUCCCCAGAUGGCCAACUUUACCUACUCGCCCAGAGGCAUCCCAGAGAAUGACACCAUCAUGGCGGCGAUCAGCAUGUUCUAUGACAUGGGCUUUGUCCAACGGUAUCGCAUCCGGCAUUCCACCCUAGUCAACUUCUGCCAGCUCGUCAAAAGAGGCUACCGGGACCCGCCCUACCACAACUGGUACCACGCCUUCUCUGUGGGACACUUCUGCUUUUUGCUAUACAAGAAUCUCAACCAGCUAAAUAUGCUCAAGGAGAUUGAGAUAUUUGCUCUACUGGUUUCCUGCAUCUGUCACGACCUGGAUCAUAGAGGAACUAAUAACAGCUUUCAAGUCCAUUCGCAAUCCGUCUUGGCAGCUUUGUAUAGCUCAGAAGGCUCCGUCAUGGAGAGACAUCACUUUUCUCAGGCCAUGUGCAUUCUGAACACAGACGGCUGCAAUAUCUUCGAGAAUCUUUCCAGAGAUGACUACCAGAAUGUUCUGGAUCUUAUGCAAGACAUUAUCCUAGCCACAGACCUUGCCCAUCAUCUCCGCAUCAUAAAGGAACUCAAGCAGAUGGCUGAAGAUGGGUUCCGGACUGAAGAUCCACACUGUCAUAAGUUACUGCUGUGUCUACUCAUGACAAGCUGUGACCUCUCUGAUCAGACUAAGAACUGGCAGACUACUAAGAGAAUAGCAGAGCUGAUCUACAAAGAGUUCUUCACCCAGGGUGAUCUUGAGAAGGCAAUGGGUAUGGAGACACCUGAGAUGUAUGACAGGGAGAAAGCCUGCAUCCCUGAGCUGCAGAUAAACUUCCUGAACCACAUCGCACUCCCCGUCUAUCAAAUUCUGUCGAGGGUGUUUCCAUCCGUCACACAACUUGUGGACAACGUGGAGGCUAAUAAGACCAUGUGGCUACGUUUGAAACGCGAGAGCGGCUUGAGGAAGCUCAGCAGCGCCAACUCCAUUGACUUCUUCCAGAUCCCGUUCAAGGCUGAGAAUGGGGGGGUGGAGUUUGGAGAGGGGUUGUCGGAGGAGACGGAGGAGGAGCUGGCAGGAGAGGCGGAGCCAGGGAAGGGAUCCAAGGGGGGUACCGUGGCAGUGGACGAAAUCAGUGAGAGGAAUAACAAUACAGCCACGUCAUCGUGACGAAGCGGUUGACAUCAAGAACCAUUACGAUGUGUUGGGAAGAGGUUGUCAUCUGUGUGUACUUACUACAACGGGGAUGAGCAUUUUUUAACCCAAUGGAUCGACCUCCCACUGAACACACUUCUUGCAUGAAUUCACAGACACAUGACCACCCAAGUCUGUGCAUGAUGGGAUUAAAGUAGGCAUUGCAUCUUGGAAGAAUGUGUACUUGAAAACAUAAUGGCAUGGUGUGUAGACUAGAGUGUUUAGAGGUGAUCAGGGCACAAUUUCAUGGAGCUGCUUAAGCAUGCAAAAUUGCUCAUAAGUUUCUUCUCAGCGAAAAUAAGCAGGAUACCAGUCAUAGAUUUAACAUAAGGAAGGGCAUUUGAACUGGUAACCAUAUUAUGGUAAGCAUAAUUUUAUUUUGCUUAGCUACUUUUUGUGGUUAAGCAACUCUAUGAAAUAAGGCUCAGGUGAUGGCAGGUACAUGUAUGUCGAGCUCUGCAGGAUCUGCUACUGAACACAGAAUCAUUGAGAUGUACAAAUAAAUGAUGAUUUAAGGUACCCAGCCUUCUCAAGUGUAUAAAGAUGCAUUUAUACCAGUCCAAAAUCUUAUUACUAAAAGUGUAUUAACAACUCUUCUUUUUAGAAGUCUUUAGAUUUUAAUAUCGUAUUAUAUGCAGUAAAGCAGUGUUACUGACUCCAUUGAGUAAAUCUACGAUAUGGAAGGAUUCAACCUGCUAGCUUAUGUGUAUUUAAUUUACAUGUACUGUUUGAUCAUUUCUAUGUUUGUAGGGACCCGUUAGUCUUUAGUCAUUUGAAGAAUUGACAUCAAUUCUUUAAGAAAAGUACUCACAACUUUAUGGACACUUGCAAUAUGUAAAUUAUUUUUUAGCUGUUGUUACUGAGGAAUGGUUGUUGCAUCAUGUGGAUUUUGUUGCUGUUGCAUUCAAUUUGUUUCAUCCUUGUAAUAAUAGGUUGAAUUCUUCAAUCAAGAAAGACAUUUAUGUCCUCUUUUUUUCCCGCGGAACUAUGGAUAUAUCAGGUGUUGCGUUUUUAACAAGCAAUGGCAUCAACAGCUUUUUGUAUUUGCUAAACUUUGUGACACGUAGUGCUCAGAAAAAUAAUUUAAAAACAUCAUUGCUAAGCUCGAGUAUGUAAGAUGAAAAGACGAGGUGACAAGUUACUUGUGUAACAUAGUGUAAAUUUAUGUAAAACUAGCAGUCGCAUAAAUGGUUAGACAACAAAAGACUGUACUAUUCCCAGAAAGAAUCUGUGCCAUUGAGAUAUAAAGAGACAAGGAUUAGAGGGAUUUAAGACACUGGACACUAAUGGUAAUUGUCAAAGACCAGUCUUCUCACUUUGUGUAUCUCAAAAUAUGCAUAAA